AAAGCAACACAAUUAAAGAUGAACUCUGAGUGAACUAAUUUGUCUGGCCCAAGGUAAGAUGAGGCAUAGUUGGGGGAAACGGGCGUAUAAAAGCGCAGAAUGGAGGGUGAGACACAACAGUCAAGUGAAACAUUUGGCUACUUCCACUCCCCGAGGUCCACUCCACGCCGUCCAUCUUGCACUUGUUAAAAAAAUUCUCCUAGAGAUGGGGUUCGGCGCUUUAUUCAUAACAUGUUUUUGCACUCUCGUGCUCCCACUCCUUUUGAUCGUGGCGGCGAUGAAACUGUGGGAAAUGUACGUCAUUAGUGGAAGUGAUCCAACCUGUCAGAGUCCUCUUCCUCCGGGUACCAUGGGACUGCCCUUCCUUGGAGAGACGCUUCAGAUGGUCCUACAGAGAAGAACAUUUCUAAAAAUGAAACGUCAGAAAUAUGGAUAUAUUUAUAAGACGCAUCUCUUUGGGAGUCCAACCGUGAGGAUAAUGGGUUCAGAACAUGUGAAAAAGAUUCUGAUGUCAGAACACAAAUUGGUCGCGGCUCAGUGGCCAGCAUCAGUCCGACUCAUCCUCGGGUCGCACGCCCUCUCCAAUGCGCACGGCGCGCUCCACAAGAGCAAGAAAAAGGCGAUCAUGAAAGCCUUUUCCCGGGAAGCCAUGGAACAGUAUAUUCCUGUGAUCCGGGAGGAGGUGAGAUGCGCCGUGGAUAACUGGCUGCAGAGCGACUCUUGCGUGCUAAUGUACCCAGAGAUGAAGCGCCUCAUGUUCCGCAUCGCAAUGAGGAUCCUGCUUGGCUUCGAGCCCGAGCAAACAAAGACCGACGAGCUGGAAUUAGUGGAAGUGUUCGAAGAAAUGAUAAAGAACCUUUUCUCCCUACCAAUCGAUGUUCCUUUCAGCGGCUUGUACCGGGGUCUGAGAGCGCGCAACAUCAUCCACUCAAAAAUAGAGCAAAACAUCAAAAAGAAGCUGUCCAAUAUUGAUAACAACAAUAAUUAUAAGGAUGCGCUGCAAUUAUUGAUUGAGGACGGUGAGAGGAAGGAGGAGCGAGUAAGCAUGGAGGAGAUAAAAGAAUCUGCCACAGAAUUACUAUUCGGUGGCCACGAGACGACAGCGAGCACUGCGACCUCUCUGGUGAUGUUUCUCGGGCUGCAUGCGCAUGUCGUGCGUAAAAUGCGCCAUGAGCUUCAGGAGAAGCAUUUGUUGGGAGCCCAAUCAGACGACAAACCGCUGAGUAUUGAGUUGUUGGAGCAGUUGAAGUACAUCGGCUGUGUCAUUAAGGAAACUCUCCGGAUCAACCCUCCUGUCCCUGGUGGCUUCCGUGUAGUACUGAAGACUUUUGAGCUUAAUGGCUACCAGAUUCCCAAGGGUUGGAAAGUCAUCUACAGCAUCUGCGACACUCACGACGUGCUGGACACACUUAUUAAUAAGGAGGAGUUUCAGCCAGAGAGGUUUAUGUCACCAGAUGACUCCUCCCGGUUCGGUUACAUCCCCUUCGGGGGUGGUGCGAGGACAUGUGUGGGUAAAGAGUUUGCUAAAGUUUUACUUAAGGUAUUCCUGGUCGAGGUGGUCACCAGAUGCGACUGGACUUUGUUGAAUGGACCACCGACAAUGAAAACAGGCCCAACCGUUUAUCCAGUGGACAAUCUGCCCACAAAAUUCACCAAAUGUAUCCAGACCUACUGAUAGUGAAAUAUUGUCAUUUAUGUAUUGUCAUUUAUGUAAAUACACUUAAUAUUUAAGAUAGACAUAUUAUGUAUUUUUCAUAUUACAUAUCUUUUGUACGACAGAUAUUUAUGUCAGUAGCAUUGUAAAAGCAACAUUUUUAAAAGCACUUCAUGUUAUUGCACUCCAAUAGUUCUGAGAUAAAUCAUUUUAUGGAUAUUUUGAAAUGCAAUUGUUUUAAAGCUGUACUUUAUCAUUUUCAUGCAGCUUAACUCUGUUGUUGCAUGUGCAAUGUUUUCAAUAAAAAAAAACGUAUUUUGAA